AUGUCUCGAGAGAAACGUGCAGCCGCGCAUUGCAUGAGAAAUCGGAAAUGUGUCAUCAGCAUUAUAAAAAAAAUGUCGAGUCUGGAGUGUUCGAUGGACACAUUGGAUGAGAAACUAGUGAAAGCACUGGAUGAGUGUUACCACGUGGCAGUUGAACAUAAUACUCAUGUCAAUCAUGUUCUUUAUGAGAAUAGUAAAGAAGAAGUUGAGUCAGUUGGAGAGGAAUCAGAAGAGGAAAUUGCCGAGUGGUCAUUCAUGGACUCGUUGCUGUUUGCAUUCACUGUUAUCACUACUAUCGAAAAUGAAGAUCACAAAAAGAAGUCUCCAAAUGAAUCAGAUGACAAGAAACACGUGGACGCUGCAGUAGAUCAAGUAGGACAUACCGGAUGGUAUAAUCGAUUUAAAGUUCAUUUGGGACAAAAACUUGGAACUGCCGAGUGCACAAAGUUGGAGCCACGUUUUGAUAGAAACAUCGAGAAACUCCUCUCCUAUCACAAUAUCAUCUUCAACAUGGUCGACGCCAUCGAGCUCCAAGUUCAGAUAGAUCCAUCGAAUAUUUCCAAGAAACGAGUUCUCGCUCCACCGGAGAAAAAUCUGUGGUCUCAACUCGGAGGGUGGUUCCAUUUUUUGUCCCUGAGACAUUAUACUGGAGCGGAGGCGCAUCUUCUCGAUAGAUUCAGUUAUACUUGCUCGAAAAUUGCUCAGAAGGACAUGCAGAUUCAGAAGAGAACCCGUACUCAUUUGAUCAAACGAAUGCUACUGUACAUUGGUGAUGAGAGUGUCGAAUUGAACAACAGUCUUAAAAGCGCCCAAAUCACAUCAGAAGCCAAAAGUCGUGGCGCCGCCUAUCAUCAAAUGAUUCUGGGAUUCAACAGCAAGGCAAGUGAGAUUCAAGGAUGGAUUGACGAGGUGACGAUUAUUGUGACACUUCAUCAGAAUGAGCUUAUCAAGUUCUCCCGUGAGCUAUCGAUGUACCAUGAUUCGGUGUACAAUUCGAUAAUGGAGGUUCUUCUUCGUUUGGGUUAUCAUGUGCAUAGAAAGAAGUGA